UUGAUUCAGCACUGCCACUCGUUACUGAUCAUGAUAUCCGCCAAGACAGGAAGAUUCGCUUAAAGAAUCUGAGGAAUUAUGGGUUACAUAUAUUCAGCUCAACAGAAAAAAUAUAGUCAAGCCCAAGUUCUUCAUUUCCAGCUAGCUUUCCUCGUUAUCAUCAAUCAUCAUCUUUGUGAGUUAUGGGUAGCGAAAAUUCUCAGCUUCACAUACUCUUCUUCCCUUUCAUGGCCCCUGGCCACAUGAUACCAAUGACGAACAUGGCUAAGCUAUUCGCAGCGCGUGGCGUGAAGGCAACCAUUGUCACCACCCCUCUCAACGUGCCUUUCGUCUCCAGAACGAUUGAAAGAAUCGAAACUCACGGCAGCGCCACCGCCAAGGUUGAUAUCCAAACGAUCAAGUUCCCGGUUGAAAAGGCCGGCCUGCCAGAAGGAUGUGAGAACUCCACCUCGCUGACUUCCCACGAAAUGGUGAAGAUUUUCAUGAAAUCCCUUUCGAUGCUUCAACAACCAUUGGAGCUGCUACUCCAUGACGCUGAUUGCCUGGUUGCUGACAUGUUCUUUCCAUGGGCAACCGAUGCUGCCGCUAAAUUUGGUAUCCCAAGGCUUGUUUUCAAUGGACACAGUUUUUUCUCCAUGACUGCUUGGGAGAGUGUGACGCGAUAUGAACCUCACAAGAAGGUUUUAUAUGAUUCCGAACCUUUUCUCAUUCCUAAUUUUCCUGCAGAGAUAAAGUUGACGAGCAUGCAACUGCCGAGUUUGUUUGGGGAAGAGGUUGAAACUGACUUCACCAAGAUGUUUAAAGAUGCUGAAGAAGCAAACAUGAGGAGCUAUGGGCUUGUUGUAAACAGCUUCUAUGAGCUGGAGCCGGCUUACGCAGAUCAUUACAGAAAGGUUUUGGGAAGGAAGGCAUGGCACAUAGGGCCGGUUUCAGUGUGCAACAAGCAGGAAGCUCAAGAUAAAGCUCAGAGGGGGAACGAAUCCUCUGUUGAUGAACAUGAAUGCCUCAAGUGGCUUAAUGCAAAGAAACCCAAUUCAGUUAUUUAUAUAUGUUUUGGAAGUUUGAUAAACUUCGAUGACUCUCAACUUGUGGAGAUUGCAAUGGGUCUUAAGGCUUCUGGGCAGCAAUUCAUUUGGGUUGUGAAGAAAGAAAAGAAUGGCAGUGGAGGAAAAGAGGAGUGGCUGCCUCAAGGAUUUGAGAAGAGAAUGGAAGGUAAAGGUCUAAUUAUAAGAGGUUGGGCACCCCAAGUUUUGAUUCUUGAUCAUGAAGCAGUUGGAGGAUUUGUGACUCAUUGUGGGUGGAAUUCAACGUUGGAAGGAGUCACUGCUGGGGUUCCCAUGGUCACAUGGCCCAUGUUCGCUGAGCAGUUUUUCAACGAGAAGUUGGUGACUCAGGUACUGAAAAUUGGAGUUGAAGUUGGUGCUCAACGAUGGAUUGAUGUUAUUGCUGAAGUGGUGGAAAAUAGUAUCAACAAGGAAGCAAUGGAGAAGGCAGUGAAGCGAAUUAUGGUGGGCGAAGAAGCGGAGAAAAUGAGAAGCCGAGCCAAGGCACUUGGAGAUAUGGCAAGAAGGGCUAUGGAAGAAGAGGGUUCAUCUUACUCUGAUUUGAGUUCUUUGAUUGAAGAAUUAAAGGUAUGGUGCCCUCGAGAUGGAACCAAAUGAUGUUUGAAUAUAGGUUUCUAUAUUCGGUUUGAUACAAUUUCCUUGUCACUAUAGAAUAUUUAUCCUUGUGCUUGCUGGUUAUUCAAUCCUUAUU